UCAGGCAGGGACUGCUGGGGCGACUGGGGCAAGCGUGGCUCAUCAACUCUGACCUUUGAGCUCUUUGAAUCGGAGCAAAGUGCAGAAUUGAAAGCAGAAACACAGAACGUCGGUUGUUGCUGCUCAGAAUGGUUGUUGCAUUUUAGCAUGGCAGUCAACAUACCUGGGCUUAUCGCAGUGAUCGUAUUUUACAUCAUAAUAUUCCUGGUUGGUUUAUUAGCUGCUCGAAAAAAGAAAUCCGGAGAUGAAGCUGAGGGAGGGGAGGGAGAAGAGGUCAUGUUGGCCGGAAGAAGUAUUGGACUUUUCGUCGGAACAUUUACCAUGACAGCAACAUGGGUAGGAGGUGGAUACAUAAACGGUACAGCUGAGUCCGUGUACACUUCUGGUCUGGUCUGGGCCCAGGCUCCUUGGGGAUAUGCUGUAAGCUUACUUAUAGGUGGUUUCUUCUUUGCCCAAACUAUGCGCGAAAAAGGCUACGUAACAAUGUUAGACCCGCUGCAGGAGAAGUACUCAAACUGGAUGGGCGGGUUUUUAUACAUCCCGGCAUUUCUUGGCGAAACGAUGUGGACCGCUGCCAUCUUAGGCGCCCUGGGAGCUACACUUAGUGUUAUUCUGGACCUCAACAUUGAUUUAGCAGUUAUCAUUUCUGCACUUAUUGCUGUUGGAUACACAUUCUUCGGUGGCUUGUACUCUGUUGCUUAUACGGAUGUUGUACAACUAAUCUGCAUUUUUGUUGGCUUGUGGAUCACAAUCCCGUUUGCGAUGACGAAUAAGCACGUGAAAAAAAUUGCAACAACAAGUUCCACGUGGGUUGGAACAUACGAUGAUAAGUAUACAGGGGAGUGGCUUGACUAUGCAAUGCUUCUGUGCUUUGGCGGUGUUCCGUGGCAGGUUUAUUUUCAAAGAGUCUUGUCUUCCAAAUCAGCAAAAAAUGCGAAGAUUCUGUCAAUCAAUGCCGCUUUUGGCUGUAUUGUAAUGGCCAUUCCAGCUGUCUUGAUUGGUGCCAUUGCGAAAUCUUCUGAUUGGUCUGACGUCAAAAUUCCCCAUGCCUUAGCCAGUGAUAAUAGCACAUUAGCUGACUCAAGACUUGUACUGCCGCUAGUGUUACAGUAUCUUACCCCAAAAUGGGUGUCAUUUUUUGGCCUAGGCGCCAUCUCGGCAGCUGUCAUGUCAUCCGCUGAUUCCUCUGUUCUCUCAGCAAGCUCCAUGUUUGGUUAUAAUAUCUAUAAACAAAUUCUACGGCCUAAGGCCUCUGACCGUGAGCUGAUAUGGGUUAUAAGAAUUGGCAUCUUCUUUGUUGGUGCUCUCUCGACAGUGAUGGCCCUUACAAUCAAAAGCAUAUACAGUUUGUGGGCUUUAUGUUCUGAUCUUGUCUUUGUUAUAUUGUUCCCGCAGUUGCUUUGUGCCAUUUACGUGCCAUUCGUUAACACGUACGGAUCUGUUGCAGCGUAUUGCAUUGGCCUCAUCCUGAGGCUUGGUGGUGGCGAGGCUGUCAUUGGUCUCUCUCCAUUUAUCAAGUAUCCUUUGUACGAUGAAAAAUUGAAGAAGCAGCUCUUCCCGUUUCGAACAUUGGCCAUGCUUGUGUCAUUAUUGACACUUAUCUUGGUUUCUUUAUUGUUUCAAUUUCUGUUCAAGAAGUGCGAACUAUCAAAGAAAUUUGACCUGCUUCAAGCUUUUGAAUUGAAAGAAGGUACCAAUGUGAGAUCAGUAUCAUUAAGAGGCAACAAUUACGAGGAACAUAGAAAUGAAGACCAAAAAGAUAGUUUGUCAAAAUAGUAUCCUUUUUGUAUGAUUUCUUUCAUUCAUAUAUAGACUAUUUAACAUUUGUAUAUGCAAAGUAAAUGUCAUAGAUAUUUCAUUGACAUAAAAAAGUUUAACGAUAAAAAGAGCUGUUGAAUGAUAAAGUCAUCCUAUUUCUAGAAUUUAACUAUGAUAUAAGAAAAUAAACCAUGAAAUACCUCGAAAUGUGCAUAUCAGUUGAGAAUGCUACAAAUUGACUGAGAUGUAAUGUUAUGAAGAUGCCUCAUGAGCCCAUGCUCGUUCCCACCAAAUUGGUAAAAACAACAGUAAUUCGUCGAAAUAAUAAAAUACAGGUCUUUUACAUUGUAGCCAAUUCGCAAUAAAUUUUGUUGCUUUUUAAUAAUUAGAGGUAUUUCAUGGUGUUAUUUCGGGUUAUGAAGUUUCGGGUAAAAAUUUUAAAAAAUGUUCUAUGAUGUCAACAUUUAUCUCUCUGCUGAAACGCAUAACAAGCUCUUGAUUGAUGAAUUCUUCUUUUCACUCUUCAAUAACCAUAUUUAUCUAUGAUUAUAGCAUUUUGUCGUCAGGUGAUUUAAGUGAAGUUGAUAAGUAACGUAAACAAUGUAACGGUUGAUCAAUAUUGGAUAUAUACGUUUUAUCAAAA